CCCCUUGACUACGAAACUAAGAAAGCAUACACCUUCAAGGUGGAUGCCUCUAAUGCCCAUCUGGACCCCCGGUUUCAGAGCUUUGGGGCCUUCAAAGACACUGCAACAGUCAAGAUUAACGUUUUAGAUGUGGAUGAGCCCCCGGUGUUCAAUAAGCCCUCCUAUGUGAUGGAUGUGUAUGAGGACACACCUGCAGGCACCAUCAUCGGAGCGGUGACGGCGCAGGAUCUCGAUGCCAGCAGCAGCCCAGUCAGGUAUUCCAUCGACUGGAGGAGUGACUUGGACAGCUACUUUGACAUUGAUCCAGUGGAAGGAACAAUAUCCACAAAUGAGCUGCUUGACAGAGAGAACAUCGCUCAGCACAACAUCUCCAUUGUAGCAACCAAACUUAACAGUCCGGUUUUGACCAGUCGGGUGGCCGUCACUGUCCACGUGCUGGACAUCAACGAGUUCCCCCCAGAACUUUCCAGCCCCUAUGAGACCUUUGUGUGUGAAAAUGCCAAAGUUGGACAGGUUAUUCAGAUCUUCAGCGCAAAAGACCAGGAUGUACCAAGUGCUGGACAACAGUUCUCCUUCAGAACAUCGAAGGAAGAUAUGACGAAUAAAAAUUUCACCAUUCGAGAUUUUGGAAAUAACACAGCUGGAAUUGUGACAAAGCGGAGUGGCUUCAGACGACGCUUACAGGAGAUUUACUUCCUCCCUGUUGUAAUUGACGACAACGGAUACCCUCCCAAGAGCAGCACGGGGACCCUGACGAUCCGCGUGUGUGGCUGUGAGUCAGAUGGCUCCUUGCUGACGUGCAGUGCAGAGGCCAUCUUCCUUCCGGUUGGACUGAGCACCGGAGCUCUGAUUGCCAUUCUUCUGUGUAUUAUCAUCCUCUUAGUUAUCGUGGUACUCUACGUGGGACUGAGACGGCAAAAGAAAAAAGAAACCCUCAUGUCAUCCAAAGAAGACAUUCGAGAUAACGUGAUCCAUUACGAUGACGAAGGAGGAGGGGAAGAGGACACGCAUGCGUUCGACAUGGGAACUCUUCGCAAUCCCAAAGUCGUGAAGGAGAACCUGUACCGCAGGGAUGUGAAGCCUGAGAUGAAAAGAGGUCCGAGGCCACCUGUUUCUCAGGAUAAUGCAGACAUUCGAGACUUCAUCAACCAGCGUCUGAAAGAGCAUGACGCAGACAACUCUGCCCCUCCCUACGACUCCUUAGCCACAUAUGCUUAUGAGGGUGAUGGCUCUGUGGCAGAGUCUUUGAGCUCCAUUGAGUCAAUCAUAAUAGAGCCUGAGGAGGACUAUGAUUACCUCAGCGACUGGGGUCCCCGCUUUAAGACACUGGCAGGGAUAUUUGAUGAGAAAUCAGAAACUCAUUCAGACUCGACCGCCACAGAGAACACACAUUGA